GGCAUUCCGCGGCGAUGGAGCGGCGCCGGAGAGCUGCGGCUGGCCUCUCGCGCUGGCCCCACGACCUCGGCCUUCUCCUCCUCCUCCUCCAGCUGCUGCCGCCGGCGACCGUUGGCCAGGACCGCCUGGACGCGCCGCCGCCGCCCGCUGCGCCGCUGCCGCGCUGGUCCGGCCCCGUCGGGGUGAGCUGGGGGCUGCGCGCAGCCGCGGCCGGGGGCCCGUUUCUCCGCGGCGGCCGUUGGCGCCGCAGCGCGCCCGGAGAUGACGAGGACUGCGGCCAGGUCCGGGACUUCGUCGCCAGGCUGACCAACAACACGCACCAGCAUGUGUUUGAUGAUCUCAGUGGCUCCGUGUCCUUGUCUUGGGUUGGAGAUAGCACUGGGGUCAUUCUAGUCUUGACUACCUUCCAUGUGCCACUGGUAAUUAUGACUUUUGGACAGUCCAAGCUGUAUCGAAGUGAAGAUUAUGGAAAGAACUUUAAGGAUAUUACAAAUCUCAUUAAUAACACCUUCAUUCGGACUGAAUUUGGCAUGGCUAUUGGUCCUGAGAACUCUGGAAAGGUGAUUUUAACAGCAGAGGUGUCUGGAGGAAGCCGUGGAGGAAGAAUCUUCAGGUCAUCGGAUUUUGCAAAGAACUUUGUUCAGACGGAUCUCCCUUUUCAUCCUCUGACACAGAUGAUGUAUAGCCCUCAGAAUACUGAUUGUCUCUUAGCCCUCAGUACUGAAAAUGGCCUGUGGGUGUCCAAGAAUUUUGGGGGAAAAUGGGAAGAAAUCCACAAAGCAGUAUGUUUGGCCAAAUGGGGAUCAGAAAACACCAUCUUCUUUACCACCUAUGUGAAUGGCUCCUGCAAAGCUGACCUUGGGGCACUGGAAUUACGGAGAACUUCAGACUUGGGAAAAAGCUUCAAAACCAUUGGUGUGAAAAUCUACUCGUUUGGUCUUGGGGGACGUUUCCUUUUUGCCUCUGUGAUGGCUGAUAAGGAUACAACAAGAAGGAUCCAUGUGUCAGCGGAUCAGGGGGACACCUGGAGCAUGGCCCAGCUCCCCUCUGUGGGGCAGGAACAGUUCUAUUCUAUCCUGGCAGCUAAUGAUGACAUGGUGUUCAUGCAUGUAGAUGAACCUGGGGAUACUGGAUUUGGCACAAUCUUUACCUCAGAUGAUCGAGGCAUUGUCUAUUCCAAGUCUUUGGACCGGCAUCUCUACACUACCACUGGUGGGGAGACGGACUUUACCAACGUGACCUCCCUCCGCGGGGUCUACAUAACAAGCGUGCUUUCCGAGGACAAUUCUAUCCAGACCAUGAUCACUUUUGACCAAGGUGGAAGGUGGACACACCUGAGGAAGCCUGAAAACAGUGAAUGCGACGCUACAGCCAAAAAUAAGAAUGAGUGCAGUCUUCAUAUUCACGCUUCCUACAGCAUCUCCCAGAAGCUAAACGUUCCAAUGGCCCCACUCUCAGAGCCCAACGCCAUAGGCAUAGUCAUCGCUCAUGGUAGUGUGGGGGAUGCCAUCUCAGUUAUGGUCCCGGACGUAUACAUCUCUGAUGAUGGAGGCUACUCCUGGGCGAAAAUGCUGGAAGGACCCCACCAUUACACCAUCCUGGAUUCUGGAGGCAUCAUUGUGGCCAUUGAGCACAGCAGCCGUCCUAUCAAUGUGAUUAAGUUCUCCACAGAUGAAGGGCAGUGCUGGCAAACCUACACCUUCACCAGGGACCCCAUUUACUUCACCGGCCUGGCGUCAGAACCCGGGGCCAGGUCCAUGAACAUCAGCAUCUGGGGCUUCACAGAAUCUUUCCUCUCCCGCCAGUGGGUCUCCUACACCAUCGAUUUCAAAGAGAUCCUUGAAAGGAACUGUGAAGAGAAGGACUAUACCAUAUGGCUGGCUCACUCCACAGACCCCGGAGAGUAUGAAGAUGGCUGCAUUUUAGGCUAUAAAGAACAGUAUCUACGGCUACGCAAGUCGUCCGUCUGUCAGAAUGGUCGAGACUAUGUUGUGACCAAGCAGCCAUCCAUCUGUCUCUGUACCCUGGAGGACUUCCUCUGUGAUUUUGGGUACUUCCGUCCAGAAAAUGAUUCCAAGUGUGUGGAACAGCCAGAGCUGAAAGGCCAUGACCUGGAGUUUUGUCUGAAUGGGAGAGAAGAGCACCUGACAACAAACGGAUACCGGAAAAUUCCAGGAGACAAAUGCCAAGGUGGGGUGAAUCCAGUUCGAGAAGUAAAAGACUUAAAAAAGAAAUGCACAAGCAACUUUCUGAGUCCAGAAAAGCAGAAUUCCAAGUCAAGUUCAGUUCCGAUUAUCCUGGCCAUUGUGGGAUUGAUGCUGGUCACAGUCGUAGCAGGAGUGCUUAUUGUGAAGAAAUAUGUCUGUGGGGGAAGGUUUCUGGUGCAUCGCUACUCGGUGCUGCAGCAGCACGCUGAGGCCAACGGAGUGGAGGGCGGGGAUGCUUUGGACCCGGCCACCCACACCCAUAAAAGUGGUUAUCAUGACGACUCAGAUGAGGACCUCCUGGAAUAGCUCUUCACAGGAGCUGGGACCAAGCACGGAUGAUGGAACCGCAGUACCUCUUACACUUCCUGUGGCUCCAACUUGGGGAAAUAAAUUUCCCAUCGCGAGGGACCCAGCUCUGUUUCUGCUGCUUCCAUCAAAGCCAAAAGGACCACCUACACUAAAGAAAUGCGGGGCGGGGUGGGGAACUCUAAACACUCUUAAAAUUGGCUCAGAGAAAAGGGGGGAUCUUUAAAUUGUUUAACUUCUAAGUUUUUCUUUUUUUUGCUGGGUUUUUCUUUUUCUUUUUUUAAGGGAAAUGAAAUGGAAUUUGAAGGGAAUGUUUCACUAACCCCAGUCUUGCGUGUUUUACAUGGCGCCUGCCCCAGGGCAACCGCUGGCUCCAGUAUCACAGUGUAUUUGGUGCUGUCCCUGGGCUCAGCUGGCCACAUAAAGCAGCUGCAGAGAUGAAAACAGAGGCUGCAAUGACUGGCAUGGCCUGGGCAGCUUUUCUGUAUCUGGGGACAGCCCAGCUCCAGGAACAUUGCACACCAGCUCCUCACACGGGCACUCCCUCUCCACCCAGGGACCAUAGACCACAGUGAUUUUUCUUUUCCCUAUUUAAUUAGGCAAUACUCUUGUUAAUUGCCCUUUGGCAACUAACUUAACCAUGUGCUUCCAAGAUACUAAAUCAGGAGAACUUAAAGGGCAAUAUGUUUAACUUGGGGCCAGGGAAGGGAGCAGCAGAGAAUUGACCAGUAUUUAGCGCCUGUUGAAGGAGAAAUUCUUAACUUCUUCCGAGAUCUUUUAAGCCAUGCUUUGUGUGUGUGCCAGUGGACUUGCUCAAGGACAGGGUUCAGGCUUGCCCUGGAUGUCUGCCCAGGCAGAAUGCUCUUCACUAGGAUUGGGUUGUGAGUACACCGUGCAGCCCUGAGGACUGAACAUUGUCGUCUUCCAUUUCCCCUUAUCUGUUGUGUUGGCUCUUAGUUGAAUCAUUAAAAUGGCUGCAUAUUUGCUUCCUUUUAGGUUGCUGUUGUACCUGGAUCCAGGACUAGUGAUGUUCUCAGAUUUGUAGGCUUAAAAAAAAAAAAUUAUUACCCAACUCUCCUUCUCACCUCUUUUUCCCAAUUUUGCCAAGUCAUUUGUUGGCAUGAAGCUUUUGGCUGAAUCAGUUGAAAACACACCUCCAGUCUGGACGGUGCUUUGUGUGGAACAUUAAAUUCAUAUUUUAAAUUAAAGGAAGUGUUCCAUUGGACAUUUUUCCAAAUUAAAUUAUAGAAUGUAGUGAGGGUGGAUUUUGGGGUGGGUGUGUUGUAACGGAAAGCUGCAGUAGUUUUAAUACAGCUUGAAUAUUUGCUGUACAGAAAUAUAGCAUAGUGAGUUUUCAGUCUUAAGUGUAUCUACUGUACUGGCCACAGUUUAUCCCAACAAUUAUGAUUGGGACAUUUUCCCAUUGGGAGCUGCCAUUUUGCCGGUAGUUCCCAUUGUGGCUAGAAAGUCGGUAAAAGUAAAUGUGCCAAAUUAACUUUAGUCAGAAUGCACGAGCAGAUGGCAAAGUUCUCUCACCAGAGCGGAUUCACAGCAGCAGGGAAGGUUGGGGAGGAAGCGGAUAGAGAAUUUUAGAGACUUUGAAACUGCCGUAAAAUUAAAUGAGUCGGGGAGCAUCAGUUAGAAAAUAAAAUCAGGACAGCUUUUGUGAAGAGAGUUAAUAUUUCUUAGGGCCAGAGAGUACUAGUCUUUUAGGAAAAGCUCAUUAAAUUUGCUUGGUUUUAAAAUUUCAAAUAAUUCUAAAGAUAUACCAUCUCACAGAUGAUAUAAAGUAUCAGUCUUCCUCCUACCCUCACCUCCUGCCCAAAGUGAAUUUAAUGCCCAAAAAAGGCCAGUUUAUUUACACCAUAUACCUUUUCUUCCAUCUAUACCUACCCACUGUGGGGAGCCCUGGUGGCACGGUGGUGAAGCGCUUGGCUGCUAACCAAAAAGUCUGCGGUUUGAACCCACCAGCUGCUCCGUGGGAGAAAGAUGUGGCAUUGUGCUUGCAUAAAGAUUACAGCCUUAGAAACCCUAUGGGGCAGUUCUGCUCUGUCCUACAGGCUCACUGUGAGUCAGAAUUAACUCACCAGCAGUGAGUUUUUUUAGACCCACUGUGGAUAGAUACAUGUGCUAGUAUGUGGUAAUUCUCUCAUUAGUUUUAAGAUGUAGAAAAUAACUUCUGAUGGGAAAGUUACUAUUCUUCUCUAGCCAUAGAAGACAAAGGCUCUUUGCUUGGAACACUAUGUGGGGUUUCUGUAGGACUUGUCGGUUUCCAGAGCACCUUCACUUGGAUUAUGUCAUUUGAAUCUCACAACAUUCUUGUGAGACAGAAAGGCAGGGGUUAUAAGCCCAUUUUGGGGAGGUGGACCUGUGUGCGUUAGGAGCAAUGCCAAUUGGUUGUCUUCAGAAUGCAUGAAAACCUUUCUACAUGCAGGCGCAGACUACUUGGAGCAGGGCCUCUUAUAGAUGACUUGCUGGGCUUCAGGGAUCAAAUGUGGCAUUUUCUUUCAGACUUGUACUUACUGCCUUUUUAAACCCUUGCCACCUUGUUAAACAGAAGAUUUUAUUCCCUUGUUUUUCACAGCUAAAAACAAAUAAAAAUAAUGGUAAUUUUGAGUAUGCUUUUAGAAACUGCCCCUCACCUCAUUGAGGGUCACUGUUCAAGAGUGCAGGAAUGGAAUCUCUCUUGAUGGGUCACCAUCUCCAUUCUCCUUGUUUCCCAUCCCUGGCUGCCCAACUCAGUUAGUUUGAGGACUGCUAACAAGCCCAGCUCAUUCCCUUUAUUGACUAGUUAGCUUUCUACAUUAGUCUGCUCACCCUCAGCCGGAGAGUAAUACAAACAGCCUAAAUCCAUUAGAGCUUCUAAGGAAAAAGAAAUUUCUAAUUUGUCCUACUGGUGUUGGGUUAGGCAUAUUAACCUUGAAGAUAAAACAGCAUAUCAUUGUGUAAACUCCUAGGCUUGGUGGUAGCAGACGAGAUUAUUUCUGGAGGUUUUGGUAACGGAAUUUAGCAUCAUGGAGACGGGUUGGGCUUAUCAGACAGUCUAAAAGGUCUGAGCUCUUAAAUCUAGGUGGAGAACGCACCCAUUCCUCCUGAACAAGUAUCUUGAACCUGAGGGGCUUUUGGUUUCCAGUGAGACUCGGUCACUGGAGGUGUCCUGGCUCCUUAUCCGGAGAUGAGGGAUGGAUAUGCCUAGGUUGUUAAUUGAACAGUGACACCAUUGAGAAGGAUAAAUGCCUUCAGAGCAUUGUGGCAGCUCUAGGGUGACCUCAGGAGAUUCAAUAGAUUACCUAUAACUGAAACUUAGAAUUUGCCAUUUGCCCCUAAACAGGCUUCCCACUGGGUAUCUCUCUUACUCUUAGGUUUGCCUCUGGGCCUGUGCUGGCCCUUCAUCUCCUAACAGGUUAGUAAUGUGCUGGCCACCUCCAGCUCCUGCACUGGGUCUGUGAACUGUAGUGGCUCUCCCAUGGCCUUCAUCACAAUACCAGGAUCCAGAGAGGAGUGCAGGGCGGUCCUCACCUACCCUAGGUGACAGGGCUGGCCUAGGUUCAAUCAUUUGUUUAUUUUCCAGGCACACCAUCCAGGUAGAGAGAGUCUCUUCUUUUAGGAGAGCUCUAGAGAACCCUGCCCCAUAAGCAGUGGCCCAGAGCUCAUUCUGCUCAUUGUCGCCACAACCCCCACCCCAUACAGAGCCAGAAAGCUUGGAACUGCUCAGACAGGAGGGGACUCAGUUUUUCAACUCUGCCACUGUCUUUCCUCAAGCAGGAAAACCAACAUGGACUUAAACGUCCUUUGAACAAAACCAAAGUUUAAGGUUUGUCACAUGACAGAGUGACAGGAAGGGCCAGAGUCAGCAGGUGCCAGACUUUGUGCUCCAUCUGCCACCCAUUGCCCAGCUCAGGCAGCUCGGGGAGCACCGCCCUGCGCUCACAGAGGAGAAUUGAAAUAGCAGGAGCACGCUGAUGUUUUUGGUUACAUUGCAUUAUAACAAUGGGAAUCAGAACAUUUAUUUGAACUUGUCUCAACAAUUUGCUGUAUGCAUUUCUUUCACACCAGUAUGUUCUUAAACAUCCUUUAUAUAGAAUAACGUAAGCUAAUCUGUACCUUUAUAUUUAUAUGUGUGUGUACAUAUAUACAUGUAUAAACUGUAUAGUGUACAAGUUAAUGAUUUAUUGAUAGGCCCCAAAUCCAUGCUGUUGCCGUCCUCUGCAUGGCCUCAGUUUGUGGUCAGGUGACUUCAGUGUUCCCUGAUGAGCCUGCCCACCUCCUGUGUUUGGACGUCUAGGGAGAAGGGUUUUGGUCGUACCCUCCUCCUUGUGCACAGAAAUGCUCAGGGUCCCCAUGUGCCUGGUGUUCAAUCCCCUCUUGUCUCUUGUUCCCUUUCUGAGCAUGUGGUCCCUCCACAUUCAGUAACUUCCCUGUCCCCCACCCCCAAGCUGUGGGACAGCCACCUUCCUACUAAAGUGUAAAGCAGUAUUAAGAUCAUUACUGCAUGUGCUCUAAAAAUCUAAGUUUUCUGUUCCCUUGGGACAGAAAAUUGCAUGUGAGGUGGGAUAAUCAAGUUUCAGUGACCCAUGUCAGUCCUACAACAAAGCCAGACCCCAUAAUAAAAUUCCACAAAAGGGAAAUAAAACUCAAAUUUCUUUAGCAUUGUGUAAAUAAAUCUGGAUGUGUUUAACUUUGUACUGGUAAUUUUCUGUAUAUUUGCAAUAUUUGGGUUAGAAAUAAAGCAGACUGGACUUUGUUACCUGA